AAAUAACUUAAAUUUAUUUUGAAAAAAAUAUAAAAGAUACACAACAGAUUGAUUGCAGAAAAACAAACCAUCCACUUAACAGAAGAAACCAAAUAAGUAAAACUUCUAUGUAAAAAUAAAAUAAGAAAUUUUAAAACAAAAGAUUCAAAAUAAAACAAAAGACCAAACAAUAACUGUAUAAUAGGGUGUAUAAAAAAAUUACUGCUUUUCAACCAAAUAUUAUAUUAAUAUUUCUUUGAUGUAAAAUACAAUUAAUACUCAAAGCAUAGUCCAAUGUUAUCUACCGGCAUUAGCUAUGUGCUAGCCAAUUGCUCGAUUCCACCCUGAUAACAUUCUAUGGGAUGGCUGUCAAAGACCUCUUGGACCGCAAUUAAAACUUCCGAAAAAUUAUCAAAUUUUUUCCCUUGAAGAAAAUGGGCCAUGGGUCUGAAUAAGUAGUAAUCCGAUGCUGCGAGGUCUAGACUACACAGUGGAUGAGCCAAGAGCCUUAUAUCAGAAGGGGUUUCCAAUAAAUUUUUACAAAAUUCUAGUCCCUUAGCUAAUUGCUGAGGAGUAAGUUCGUGAGGGACCAGUCCACUGCUCUUUUUCAUCUGUCCCAUGGCGACUAACAGAACAACACACUCCCUGUCAUGUUCGCGAGAAGUCGUAGACGAAUUUGACUCAACAGCUUCCUGCAGAACCUCAUUAAUAUCAAUUAGUGGUCACCCGGAGCCCUUCUUUCUCUCCAACGUCGUAUCUCCACUGCUAAAUUUUUCCAACAAGCGCCGCGGAGUGUGCUGGUCAAGGAUGCAUUCCCCUUCAUAUUUAAUAAUUUCAACAGUUGCUUCAGCGGAUGUGAAAUUUCUUUUUUCUAGAAGUGUCUUAAAAUUACGAGUUUCGUAGGACAAUCAUCAUUCUUCUUUGAAACAAAUAACUAAACUGAAGCUUUUUUUUUUUUUUGAAGAAGUCGAAUAGGAUUAUUAAGUAUUGUUGAGUAUUAAAAAGGAUCAAAAUAUGUACAGUCCUUUGAAAUCUUGAAUUUGAUAGAACGUUCUUUUUUUUUUUUAUACACCCUAUUAGCAUCAUUAACAAUCGUUGUUUGGAUAGGGCGAAGAAUAGAGAUGAUUGGCAUGCUAUAAUCCAGGAAUCCAAAGCACGCCCCGGGCUGUAGAGCUGCAUAGUAAGUAAGUAAGCAAGUAACAAUGGUUGUUUACUCUCGAAUCACACUCAUAAUAAAGUUACCUGAAAAAUAUAUAUCCAAAUUUUAUAAAAUAAUAUAGUUUUCAUUCGGUAUGUUAUCAAAUUCUUCUACAGUUUAUAUUGAGAUUUUUUUAAUUAUUACUGACAAUGCGGGACAGUUAAUUAUUUGAAAUAAUCCAAAUUGAGGUACUUAAAAAAAAAACAUUUUGAACAUCAGGCAUUUCAACCUUGUUCGGCGACAUCAAUGAAUAUAAGACCUAGCUGAUUUAAAGAUCAUUUCAUUGUGCAUUCACAAACAGAGUUGAUUUAAAAUUGUUAGAGCCGUUUUUGAGAAAAUCAUAAAAAUCGAUGGGUAUAAAGUGGUCACUUCCGGUUAACCGAUUUCAAGGAAAAGAUUUUAAGUAAAUAACUUAAAUAUGUAAAUCCAUUCUGAAAAUUCAUACCCCCAAUGAAAUUUGCCACCUUCGAAAAUUCAAAAUCCCUUCAAAAUAUGCCCCCCUUAAAAAGUUAGCGCAACUUGAGCCAUAAAACCCCUUUCUGGGCACCUCUGGGGAUUACAGUUUCUUAAACAACGGUUGUGCAUGAAGGUAAUUCGACCGAGACCAGUUCCAGAUUCAUGUUUGUUUUUUUUGGGAGUAACUUUUUUAUUUGAAACGGUAAUUACUCUGGAAGAAAAAAAAAGAAAGAAACUAUAUUAAAUAAUGUCUAAGUUUCCGACUGCUCCAACACUUACUAGACAAACGCUCUAAACUUUCAAUUGAUUACAAAAGACUUAUCUACUAACUAUAAUAAGACCUAUAUGGACAUACGUAGUUGAGCUUUGGGGCUCCACCAAACCAUCGAAUUCCUAUCGUAUCCAAUUCUUACAAUUCAAAAUUCCCCGUAAAAUCCUUAAUACUCCAUACUUUAUCACAAAUAAAACCAUUCAUAAAGACCUUAAUGUAUCAUAUGUCGCUGAUUUAGCUCGAGCAAGAUAUCUAUCCUUUCAUGAUAAACUUCAGUUUCAUCCAAAUCCGCUUAUUUCCACUCUUGCUUCUUCCUCGAUCCAUGAUAAUCCUCCUAGGCGUCUGAAAAGGAGAUGGUCUCGUGAUCUUCUUACUUAAAAUUAUUUAGGGUGUGCUACCACUGGGUAGUAUCUCUUCAAGCCUGUACAUGCCAUUAUUUAUAAUUUGCGCAUAUUUACUUCAUACCCAUCGAUUUUUAUAAUUUUCUCAAAAACGGCUCUAACAAUUUAAAAUCAACUCUGUUUGUCAAUGCACAAUGAAAUGAUCUUUAUAUCAGCUAGGUCUAAUAUCUAGUUGUAUUUGUAUACUGUUGUAAAUAAACAAAAAACAAAUAAUGUCUAAGAUGAUCUUUAGAUAGAAGGCCAUCUCAAAAAAAUAAAUAAAAGUUUUUUUCUGUAUUAGACUAUUUGAAGACGGGAACGUGAGAGCACAGAGUCUUACUCACUAAGAUACUUCUACCCCUAUAAAGGUCUUAACAAAUGAUCGCCCUCAAAACUAAAAGUUAGAAAUGUUUGUAAAAGAAUUUACUUUUAUUUUUUUUAUAUAUUUAAAAUAUCAGUAAGCAGCAAGUACGAAUGAAUCUUGAAACUGUAUCAUGACGAGAGUCAUGAAUAUCUUAAACUGUUUGCAUUCAUUAAGUUGUAAUAUCAUCUAUAUCAACAACGAUAAAUAUAAUGUAAACAAUAUUAACUCCUGUCAUGAUAACAGUCCGUUAUUCUCAGAUUCCCAUUUCUCCAUUGUCGGAUAGAAACAAUGCCUCAAGUACAUCCGAACGGUAGGAGCAAAACGAGAUAAGGAGGGAUGACUUGGCUCUAAAUUAGAGCCGGUUUAGUCCUCUAAAUCAGUCAACAGCCAACCGUGAACUAGAGAUGGCUGCCAAGAUACUCUACGGUGGUGAGCUGCAUCUCCCCGACAUUCCUCUUAUGCAGGAGGUCAUCGAAUCCUGCAAGAAGCAUGGGGAUCGAAUCUUCUUGGAUGACGUUAAAAUGAAGAAGCAGUCCACCUUCCGCCAGCUAUUAGACAACGCAGGUGCAAUAAGCUCAACGAUUCGAAAGCUCGGCCAGGGUCCAGGAAAGAUAGUGAUGAUCGUGAGCGACGUUACAGUCGAAGCUGUGACCACUAACUUUGGGAUCUGGCUAUCUGGAGCAGCUUCGUCGUCCAUCAAUCCAAACCUUCCAAAAGAGGAAAUUCUCAACUUCUUUAAAAUCUGCAGAAGCGAAGUAGUGUUCUGCGGCGACGAGUACCAAGAGAAGGUGAAGGAGGUGGUAUCGCUUCUCGACUGGGCCGUCACCAUCAUAUGUCCGAACCAUCAAGAUGGGGUCCUCGACUAUUACAGGUGUCUAGAAGAAGGGAACAGUGCCGAAGGCACCGUGCUGGAAGGAUGGUGGACUGGAAAAGAUCAUGCUUUAUGCAUCUUGUUCACUAGCGGAACCACUGGCUCGCCCAAAGGUGUCUUAGUGAGAGAUGAAGCUCUCACAUUCUGCAGACAUCUAAGAAUUUGGAAAGAUAAUUGGACAGAUGGUUCUGUAGUGUUGCUGACCACACCCAUGUAUUGGAUCUCCAAUACAUGGACAAAUAUUUACGCUUCGUGCGCUGGGAUCAAGCUAUCCAUUGCCAGUCGGAUGUCUGUUAAGGAGACAAUGGAGACCAUCACAGAGUAUAAGCCCACUGGGUGGUCCACCGGCCCGUCAAUCCUGAUAGAAAUCUGCAAGGAAGAAGAUGUCGACAAGUACGACUUCUCGUCCAUCAAGAUCAUAUUUAUUGGUGGAUCCGUUCUUCUGCCCGAACAUAGGAAGAUGAUCACCGAGAAGAUGACGUGCAACAAACACAUCAUAAAAUGUUUGUACGGUAGCACUGAAGUCAGUUUAGCAACCUACGAACCCACAUUCCUCGAUAUCGAGUCGACCAAAUUAGCCAAUGUAGGAAAAGUGGCUCCUGGUGUAACAAUGAAGGUGGUGGAUACGGAAACUGGAAAAAUACUGCCACCUUACGCAGUAGGAGAGUUGUGCAUCAAAUCUCCCGGCGUUCUAAAGCAAUAUAUCAACAAAGAAUUUACUGAAGAGGAUAUGGACAAAGAUGGCUUCUGGCAUUUAGGAGACCUCGGCUAUUACGACGAUGAAGAAUACCUCUUCUAUAGUUCCAGGCUCAAAGAUGUUAUGAAGUACAAGGGCCAACAGAUCGCUCCCAUUGAGCUGGAAAGCAUCCUCCUGAAGCAUCCUGAUGUCCAAGAGUGUUGCGUGGUUGGAAAGAUGUGUAUCGAACAAGGAGGAGAACUUCCUACAGCUUUCAUAAUCAAAAAACCUGGUUCUAAUCUUUCAGAAGAAGAAAUUCACACCUUUAUCUCAGGGAAAGUCAUCGAUGAGAAGAAGCUUAGAGGUGGAAUCUUCUUUGUGGACAGCAUCCCCAAGAGUUCAGUUGGUAAAGUCCUGCGAAAUGAACUGAAAAAACUGCUUAGUUAAGCACAUUUCACUGCUUUGCAUUGAUAAUGGCACAACUAAAAAAAAUUAAAAAAAGAAAUUUUAAUUUUCCACUGAAUAUCUUUCAAAAGUAGUAAAGUUUCAUUGAAGAGAACGGCAUAUUCUCAUCUAGUCGAUUUAGUCACCAGAGAACAGUUUUUCCUCUAUCAAUCUGUACCCAAUAUUUGAUAAACGGUAUUCUAAGAAUAUCUGUUUCGAGAUGAUCAAGUGAGUUUUUGUCAAGUUGUGCUACUAUCACAGUAAAGCAGUGAUAUUGUAUAUUUAGGAUUAAGAUUUUUAUGUGGUAAAAAAUCCAAAACAUGUACAUAAAUAUGUAUUAAUUAUUUCAAAAAUAUUUUUUUAAAUGAAUGUAAAAAAUUUGACAUGCUAAGAAAAAUAUUUAUUAAACAAUAUGAAAACUUCUAAUUAUUUAUUUUUUACCCUUAACUGGUCAUG